CCUUGGCAUAACUUUCCUCUUGUUGUAAUGGGAAGAGUGAUUGUGGUAACGUUUGGAUAACUGGUGAUAGUAUUUCGACUGAGGGUGAUGAACAUUCGGCAACAAAAGUUUGUCCAACUGGGGAUUGAGCAUUUUUCUGCCGACCAUUUAAGUUUAAAUCCACUAUCAUGCCCGUGAUAAUUAUUGACGAGGGGCCUGGAAGUGCUGCAUCGCCACCGUACAACAUUGAUGCUUCAGGUUAUCAACAGCAACGUGUCGUGGAUCUGUCACAUUUCACAACGCCACAAGGAUGGGCGAAAUUGGCCCAAAUUGUUUUGGGUAUCUUUGUUCUGUGCAGUGGACCUCCCUUCUGGCUGAGCGUGGUGGGUUGGUUGGCCUUGUGGGGUACAGUCCCUUGGUGCUGGAUCUACUUUUUUACGAUCAACAAACGCUAUGCGGUGAAUCCUCCCUGGAUUGUACUUGAAUUUUACUACACUGCCGGCGUGCUGGUUGCGUACGCCGUCAUGACGCUGAUCACCUUCAUUACAAUUGUCUAUGUUUUCUCUGCCAUUUGUGGACUCUUCGCUACAGCAGCAUAUGCCGUGGGAGCUUACUUCCUCUUCAUUGAAUGGAAAGCUUGGCGUGCAAAUCCAGUCAACUCGGCUACUUCCGUUCCAAAAUGAAACUCCACCCACUAAUCUUUUUUUAAGAAACCGUGACAAAAAUAUGGAAACGAAAAGUACUUAGAUAUUACACUGGAGGAUAAUAUACAAAUAUAUAUAUAUCGAUAACUCAACAAAAAGACUUACACAAAAGUAACCAACCAUACAACUAAGUAAAAUCAAUCAUAAUUUCUAUCGGAAUCUCAUAAUGCUAUACUACAAAUGAUCCCACUCCUGUAAUCAUUAAAAAUCCCCCUAUUGAUCCAUCCAUUCACAAGGUAUUACACAAUAACAAAUGAACUAUUCCAUGCGUCUUUCAGGGUCAAUGUUAAAAUUUAUGCGGAUUUUAAUGAGGAAUACAUUUAUUCUUCAAGGGAAUGUGCAUAUGUAUUGUACAGAUAUUACUGUUUGGAUUAAAUGUUGUACGCAUGUAAAAGUUUAAUGAAAAAGAUGAUACAUAUAUAAUAAUGCGAAUGUAAUACGUUUGGUACUUUGUUUUUUAUUGUUACUAAUCAUUAGGUAAUACAGUUUAAAUAUUUAUUGGUUGUUGAUACGUGGUAGUGAAAAAAAACGAAAAUAAAUAAUGUUCACUUAA